GGGUCGGAAUUCACCUGCAACAGCUAGGGCCACCGCCCUCCCGGCCUGGAGCCUGCCUCCCGAGGCCCUCGGCUCCCUCGCCCGCCCCCCGCGCCACCCCGGCGCCCCGCCCCGGGCGGGGAGAGUCGGGGCGAGGGGAGGGCCUGCCAGGUGAGGCGCGGUCACCCUGGGCCUCUCACUUCCGCCCAGGUGAGGCAGGGCCGACAGCGAGCCGGCCCGGCCGGGGCUCCCACCUGCUCCUCCGGCGCACCAGAUAUCUUUAAGAGUGAAUGAAGAGAAGAAUUCAAGAUGCCUGAAAAUCCUGCUACAGAUAAACUGCAGGUCCUGCAGGUUCUUGAUCGCCUGAAAAUGAAAUUGCAGGAGAAGGGUGACACAUCGCAGAAUGAGAAGUUAUCUAUGUUUUAUGAGACACUAAAGAGUCCUCUCUUCAACCAGAUACUCACACUUCAGCAGUCCAUCAAGCAACUGAAGGGGCAACUCAACCAUAUACCCUCAGAUUGUUCAGCCAACUUUGAUUUUUCUAGGAAAGGUUUGUUAGUGUUUACGGAUAGCUCCAUUACCAAUGGAAAUGCCCACAGGCCCGCUAGUAACUCGACUGUAUCUGGGCUAUUUCCGUGGACCCCAAAGUUGGGAAAUGAAGACUUUAACUCAGUCAUUCAGCAGCUGGCUCAGGGGCGGCAAAUUGAAUAUAUAGAUAUAGAACGACCUUCAACUGGAGGUCUUGGAUUCAGUGUGGUGGCCCUCAGAAGUCAAAAUCUGGGAAAAGUUGAUAUCUUUGUGAAGGAUGUCCAGCCAGGGGGCGUAGCAGACAGGGAUCAAAGAUUAAAGGAAAAUGAUCAAAUAUUGGCCAUUAAUCACACGCCAUUGGAUCAGAACAUUUCCCAUCAGCAAGCCAUUGCAUUAUUACAACACCCCACUGGAUCUUUGCAACUGAUUGUGGCCAGGGAGCCAGUCUACACAAAAAGCAGCACUUCUAGCAGCCGAACUGAUACAACUCUGCCUGAAACAGUUUGUUGGGGCCAUGUUGAAGAGGUUGAGCUCAUUAAUGAUGGCUCUGGACUAGGGUUUGGAAUAGUUGGAGGAAAAACAAGUGGUGUGGUUGUGAGGACCAUAGUUCCUGGAGGAUUAGCGGAUCGAGAUGGAAGACUGCAGACAGGGGACCACAUCUUGAAGAUUGGUGGCACAAAUGUGCAGGGAAUGACCAGUGAGCAAGUUGCACAGGUUCUAAGGAACUGUGGGAAUUCAGUCAGGAUGCUCGUUGCUAGAGACCCAACUGGUGAAGUUUCGGUAACCCCUCCUGCCCCUGCAGCCUUGCCUGUCGCCCUGCCCACUGUAGCCAGCAAGGGCCCUGGUUCUGACACUUCUCUUUUUGAAACUUACAAUGUUGAGCUUGUUAAAAAAGAUGGGCAGAGUCUUGGAAUUAGAAUUGUUGGCUAUGUUGGAACAUCUCAUACAGGGGAAGCUCCAGGGAUUUAUGUGAAAAGUAUAAUACCUGGCAGUGCUGCAUACCACAAUGGCAACAUUCAAGUGAAUGACAAAAUAGUUGCUGUCGACGGUGUGAACAUUCAGGGUUUUGCCAACCAGGAUGUUGUUGAAGUAUUACAAAAUGCAGGGCAGGUGGUACACCUCACCCUAGUUCGAAGGAAGACAUCCUCAUCUACUUCUCCACUUGAACCACCUUCAGACAGAGGAACUGUUGUAGAACCACCAAAACCACCAGCUGUCUUUCUAACUCGAGCAGUGGAAACUGAAACGAAUUUGGAUGCUGAAGACGACGAAAUUGAAGAAAGAAUGGAUCAUUUAAACAACGACAACAUACAAGCCUUAGAAAAAUUGGAAAAAGUCCCAGCCUCUCCAGAAAAUGAUCUGAAAUCCACAUGGGAAAAGCUAUUGGGUCCUGAUUAUGAAGUAAUGGUUGCUACUUUGGACACACAGAUUGCAGAUGAUGCUGAGUUACAGAAAUAUUCAAAGUUGCUGCCUAUUCACACUCUGAGGCUUGGUGUGGAAGUGGACUCCUUUGACGGGCACCAUUAUAUUUCUUCAAUUGUUCCUGGUGGUCCUGUUGAUACAUUGGGUCUCCUACAGCCAGAAGAUGAGCUGCUUGAGGUCAACGGCAUGCAGCUGUAUGGAAAAUCUCGCCGAGAAGCAGUCUCCUUUCUUAAGGAAGUGCCACCCCCUUUUACUUUGGUUUGCUGUCGGAGGUUGUUUGAUGAUGAAGCUUCUGUAGAUGAACCAAGGCCCACUGAAACCUCUCUUCCUGAGACAGAGGUUGACCACAACAUGGAUAUCAAUACUGAAGAAGAAGAUGAUGGGGAAUUAGCACUGUGGUCUCCCGAAGUCAAGAUUGUUGAGCUAGUAAAAGAUCGUAAAGGUUUGGGAUUCAGCAUUUUGGAUUACCAGGACCCUUUAGAUCCUACAAGAUCAGUGAUUGUGAUCCGCUCCCUGGUAGCAGAUGGCGUAGCAGAAAGAAGUGGAGGACUAUUACCUGGAGACCGCCUGGUCUCAGUCAAUGAAUACUGUUUGGACAACACCUCACUUGCUGAAGCUGUGGAAGUAUUGAAAGCUGUGCCACCAGGCAUAGUACGCCUCGGCAUCUGUAAGCCUUUGGUGGAAGAUAAUAAAGAAGAAGAAAGUUGUUAUAUUUUACAUUCAAGCAGUAAUGAAGACAAGACUGAAUUUUCAGGAACAAUUCAUGAUAUAAAUUCAUCUUUAAUACUUGAAGCACCCAAGGGAUUUAGAGAUGAACCAUAUUUUAAGGAAGAACUUGUGGAUGAACCGUUUCUAGAUCUGGGAAAGUCUUUCCAUUCCCAACAAAAAGAGAUAGACCACAGCCAGGAAGCCUGGGAGAUGCAUGAAUUUCUGACUCCUAGAUUGCAGGAAAUGGAUGAAGAAAGAGAAAUGCUUGUUGAUGAAGAAUAUGAGUUCUAUCAAGGUCACUCUCAGUCCACGGAGUUGUAUCCCUUGUCGCACAUUCAAGAGGCCACUCCUGUGCCCUCCAUUAAGGAACUUCACUUCGGUACACAGUGGUUGCAUGAUAAUGAACCAUCCGAGUCUCAAGAGGCAAGAGCCGUGAGGAAUAUCUAUUCCCAGGAGGCACAGCAGUAUGGCUGUUGCACUGAGAACGUGAUGAAUGAAAAUUUUGUCAUGGAGUCCCUACCAUCUGUACCAUCAACUGAAGGAAACAGUCAGCAAGGCAGAUUUGAUGACCUGGAAAAUUUUAAUUCAUUAGCAAAAAGUAGUCUGGAUUUAGGCAUGAUCCCGAAUGAUGGCCAAAGUCCUAGCUUGCUCAUUGACCUUCCUGCUGUGGCUGAGAGUAGGGAGCAAGAAGAUUUGCCUUUAUGUCAACACCAAGCGACGCGAGUUAUUUCCAAGGUCUCAGCAUACACAGGAGUGUUGUCUUCUAGAUAUGCCACUGAUGCAUGUGAAUUACCUGAGAGAGAAGAAGGUGAAGGAGAAGAAACUCCAAAUUUUAGCCACUGGGGUCCACCAAGAAUUGUUGAGAUUUUUAGAGAACCCAAUGUGUCCCUUGGGAUCAGUAUUGUUGGUGGACAAACUGUUAUAAAACGUCUAAAGAAUGGAGAGGAACUUAAAGGUAUAUUUAUCAAGCAAGUUUUAGAAGACAGUCCAGCAGGGAAGACAAACGCACUUAAAACUGGAGAUAAAAUACUUGAGGUGUCCGGAGUAGAUUUGCAGAAUGCCUCACACAGCGAAGCGGUCGAGGCCAUUAAGAAUGCAGGAAACCCCGUGGUGUUCGUUGUUCAGAGCUUGUCAUCCACUCCACGAGUCAUUCCUACUGUUCAUAACAAGGCCAACAAAAUCACCAGUAACCAGAACCAGGGCACCCAAGAAAAGAAAGAAAAGAGGCAAGGAACUGCCCCACCUCCAAUGAAACUGCCUCCUCCUUAUAAAGCUCCACCUGAUGUCAGUGAUGAAAAUGAAGAAGAAGAUGCCUUUCCUGACCAAAAAAUCAGACAAAGAUAUGCAGAACUGCCUGGAGAACUGCACAUUAUUGAACUUGAAAAGGAUAAGAACGGACUUGGACUCAGCCUUGCUGGCAAUAAAGACCGAUCACGCAUGAGCAUAUUUGUGGUGGGAAUUAACCCAGGAGGACCUGCUGCAACAGAUGGGCGAAUGCAUGUUGGAGAUGAGCUCUUAGAGAUAAAUAAUCAGAUUCUGUAUGGAAGAAGUCACCAAAAUGCAUCUGCCAUUAUUAAGACUGCCCCAUCAAAGGUCAAGCUGGUUUUCAUCAGAAAUGAGGAUGCAGUCAAUCAAAUGGCUGUGACGCCUUUUCCAGUGCCAUCAGGUUCUCCAUCUUCUGUUGAGGACCAGAGCGGCACCGAACCUAUUAGUAGUGAGGAAGAUGGCAGCUUCGAAGUUGGUAUUAAACAAUUGCCUGAAAGUGAAAGCUUCAAACUGAUGAGCGACCAGAAGUUAACAUGCAUGCCUGAAGACUCAGAGCCUGAAGACAUGUCCCAGGUGAUUGGUCAAGGCAUGGUGGCAGAUCAGCAGAAGGCACUGGAAUACCCACCUGACAAUGCUGUCAGCCAGAUGAAACAGCAAAAAUAUCCAACGAAAGUCUCCUUCAGUUCACAAGAGAUACCGUUAGCACCGACUUCAUCAUACCAUUCAACAGAUGCAGACUUCGCAGGCUAUGGUGGUUUCCAGGCUCCUCUGUCAGUGGACCCCGCAACAUGUCCCAUUGUUCCUGGACAGGAAAUGAUUAUAGAAAUAUCCAAGGGACGUUCAGGGCUUGGUCUCAGCAUUGUGGGAGGAAAAGACACACCGUUGAAUGCUAUAGUUAUCCAUGAAGUAUAUGAAGAAGGGGCAGCAGCCAGAGAUGGAAGACUUUGGGCUGGUGACCAGAUAUUAGAGGUUAAUGGGGUUGACCUGAGGAGCUCCAGCCAUGAAGAAGCCAUCUCAGCCCUGAGGCAGACCCCCCAGAAGGUGCGGCUGGUGGUGUAUAGAGAUGAGGCACACUACCGAGAUGAGGAGAACUUGGAGGUUUUCCCUGUGGAUCUGCAGAAGAAAGCUGGCCGCGGCCUGGGCCUGAGCAUCGCUGGGAAACGAAAUGGAAGUGGAGUGUUUAUUUCUGACAUCGUGAAAGGCGGAGCCGCAGACUUGGAUGGGAGAUUGAUUCAGGGAGAUCAGAUCUUAUCUGUGAAUGGAGAGGACAUGAGAAAUGCCUCACAGGAGACAGUGGCCACCAUCCUCAAGUGUGCACAGGGGCUUGUGCGGCUAGAGAUUGGAAGACUCCGAGCUGGUUCCCGGACCUCCGCGAGGAAGACAUCACAGAACAGUCAGGGCAGUCAGCAGAGCUCACACAGCAGCUGUCGUCCCUCCUUUGCUCCUGUCAUCGCUGGCCUGCAAAACCUGGUUGGCACGAAAAGAGUUUCAGAUCCUUCCCAGAAAAAUUCAGGCACAGAUAUGGAACCAAGGACUGUUGAGAUAAACAGGGAGCUCAGUGAUGCCCUUGGAAUCAGUAUUGCUGGAGGAAGAGGAAGUCCGUUAGGAGAUAUCCCUAUAUUUAUUGCCAUGAUUCAGGCCAGUGGAAUGGCUGCACGGACACAGAAGCUUAAAGUUGGAGAUCGGAUUGUCAGCAUUAACGGGCAACCUUUGGAUGGGCUGUCUCACGCGGAUGUGGUUAAUCUGCUGAAGAACGCCUACGGGCGCAUUAUCCUGCAGGUUGUAGCAGAUACCAAUAUAAGUGCCAUAGCAGCUCAGCUUGAAAACAUGUCUACAGGCUACCGCCUUGGUUCGCCCACUGCUGAACACCAUCCAGAACACACAGAAACACCUCCACCUAAGAUUAUUACUUUGGAGAAAGGCUCUGAAGGAUUGGGGUUUAGUAUUGUAGGGGGUUAUGGAAGUCCCCAUGGAGACCUGCCAAUUUAUGUCAAGACUAUAUUUGCAAAGGGAGCAGCUGCAGAUGACGGCCGAUUAAAACGAGGGGAUCAGAUUUUAGCUGUUAAUGGCGAGACCCUGGAAGGUGUCACUCAUGAGCAAGCCGUCGCCAUUCUAAAACACCAGAGAGGGACUGUAACCUUAACUGUGCUGUCGUGAGCCUCGGCCUGAUCACAAGAUAGAUGUUCUUUAGAAUAUCCACAGGCAGAUGAAGUUCUGAGUGGGUAGGGAAAGCACUCUCAACUACAAUGCACCUUCAUUCCUAUUUCUUGUCCUCUCUGCUCGGAGAAAUGGCUGAGGUUUCAUGUGAAUUUCCCAAGUCAACAGUCAUCUCCUCAUGUUUCCCAGUUUUUGUCACCUGUUGGUGAGGUUGAUUUAUAAAACUUAAAUGAAUCUUAUUUGUUUUGCAUUUAAUUUCAGGGUUCUGAUUUUAACCAACUGGUUAUGAUUGUAUUUGCCCAAACUAGAGUUAACUUCUCUUUCCUUAUACCCUUCUUUCCCUAUCCCCUACUCAUACCAAGACUUAACCUCAGAUCUCAUCCAAUGAACAGAAACAAAUGUUAAGCAACUUGUCAUCUCAUUCAUUAUUUGUUUAUGAUAAUUGUCUCUUCAAGUAAGCAAGAAAACAUUAGCAGGGUAAUUAAUUUACCAGCGAGAGCAUUGGGCGCAGUGCGUCACACUGCACUUUAGGAGGCCAAGGUGGGCAGAUCACAAGGUCAGGAGAUCAAGGCC